GGAAAAGAAGGGGAAAAAAAAAGAGGGAAAAAUCCUCAAACCCUAGCUCUCCCGAGUCCCCUGCUUAAACCCUAUCUUUCUAUGGCAGUACUCGUCUCUCCGAUCUACUGCAACUGCGCGGCCGCCUCCUAACCUUCGCUUCUCGUCUCUCAGGCCCUAAUCGGUCUCUAUAACUUAGCAUUCUCGGUUCCUUUCCGUUAUUUUGCGGGAACAUUUUUUUGAGAUGGAGGUCGCUGGGGAUUUCUACUCUUCGGAGGCUGUUGCUCUCAGGCAAAUGGCUGCUUCCUUGGUGGAAGCUGUCGCUGUUGAGGCGGUGCUCGUCGCCCAAAAGUCAGUUUACUUACUUCUAGCGAUGGGCUGCCUGAUGACUGGAAGAAAUUUCUUGGAUCAGGAGAGUGAGAACAAUCACGGGUUCGAUCACUCCAUCUUAAUUGGGAUGAAGGAAAAGAAUACAAGACAUGUCGGCGAUGGGGUUGCUCCUGAAAACAAAGAUGAUGGGGAUUCAGAGAAUGAUGAUGACGAUGAAGACGAUGAAGAUGGUGAAGAGCAGGAUGAUGAUGACGAGCACGCAUCUGGAGAUGAGGAUAACGAUAACCAAGGAGAUGAAGACCAGGAAGACGAUGUUGAAGCGAACGGAGGAGGAGGCAGUGAUGAUGAAGACGACGAUGAUGAAGAGGAAGAUGAAGAUGAGGAUGAGGAAGAUGAAGAUGGUGAGGAUGAUGAUGAGGAAGAUGAAGAAGAGGAUGAAGAGAUGCCUGAGCCUCCAAUUAAAAAGAGGAAGUGACCAAACUCGGGCGUUUGGCUUGUGUUUUUCUUAGGGCAGGGACGGAGUUAGUCUAACUUUCUAUGAACUUGUUGGUUACAUAUCAAUACAUUUCGUCGCUCUUAAUUGUUAUUUGCGAAAUGUGUCUCCUUUAACUUUGAACGGUGACAUUUUCUCUCUAUUUGAAUGUGAAUUUGAAGCAACUGGAUGCAUUUUUAGGUUCGAAUGUAUCCUUUUGGAUGGAA